AUGAAUUUGAGGUUUGUCAACACCACACAAGGAGAGUCGGUCAUAUUUUGUCUGAGUCAAGUCCUGCCGCUGGGCAAGCACACCUAUCUACAGUUUGGAGAAAGCGAAGAAGUAGAAUGCCCUCUGAUCACAGAUGAGAACUUCAGCAUCAGAGAUGUCGACUCAGCGUAUUGGUACAAAGACGUUGUAGCCACAGAGAACCUAGUCAUUUCCAAUUUUGAGGGAACUAUCUAUGAAGGCCCGAGCAUUGUCAGCGGCAAGUAUUUCCUGACUGAGCGAUUAUCCCUAGUCAUAAACAACAUUACAGCAUCUGAUGAAGGGCAGUUCUUCUGUCAGCUGAAAACUGGACGUCCUGGUUUCCAAACUGCAUCCGUAGAUGUAACAGUUUUUGUACCACCCAAUGGACCUUCUCCAGAGGUUGAGGAGUGUCGUCUGACAGACAGCAAAGAUGGCUGCCUGAUAGAACUCCACCCUAAAGAGGAAACUUACCACCUGACAUGUCAUGUGAUCAAUGCCAGACCUGCUGUCAAACUGCGGUGGCUGCGUGUUUUCAAUGACGGAUCCACUGAAGCAGUGACAAACAUCACAUACCGAGUCAACGGAACGCUUCAAAAUGUGUCUCAAAUCCAAGAGAACUAUUUGUUUUCCACCUUUGCAAUGGUGACAGAGGUUUAUCACGAGGAGACAACACUGUGUUGCCAAGCAACCGGCAUUGCAAUGGGAGAUAGGAACGGAGCCUUCCGGAAAGUGCACAUUACAAGAUUGGAUAUACCCACAAGAAGCUAUUCAACACAGCCACAGGUGUCAACAGAUUCUUCAAAGUCAGAAGGCGGAGUACAUGGCAUAUUGAUCGCCCUUUGCAUCAUCAUCGGUAUUUUGAUUGUGGUGAUAGUUGCUGGGAUAAUCUUGGUCUUCAAGAAAAGAUCGACAAGAAAUUCGACAUACAACACAGUAAGGAUGACUGAUGUAAACAAUGCUGACUUGGAAAAAGGUGAUGAAACUCUGAGGAGUUGUGCUGACCAGCUCAAGACGUACUACAAAGGAAUGCUUAACACAAUUCGUACUCAUCCAGUUUUUGCUCGUUGCAUCAAUAAAAUCAAAGAUGUGUUCAUCGAUCUGCAACUCUUAAGAGAGACUGGCAAAACUGUGAAGUCUGAAAAGAUGGUUAGGAUUAGAGGAAGACGGGAAUUCUACCCAGAUAACCCGGUCAAGGAACCACUGGACUCCCAAGAUGAUCUCAUACGCCUCUUGGACGAGGAGGGUCAUGUGGCUUUGGUGGGAACAGCAGGAAGCGGUAAGACGACACUCACCAGAAAGAUUGCCUGCGAUUGGGCCUGUCAGAUGGCAGGUUCCGUCUUGUCAUGCUUCAAACUUGUGGUUGUCCUUGGGACUUGUGGAUGCCAUUCAGAGAAUUCUGCCUAA